GACUGCAGGUUCCUCUAACGGCGGCCUUUUCGCGAAGCCGGGUCAACUUUCCAGCAGCAGAGCGCGCCAGCCAUGGAUCCUCGGAGCGGAAAGGCGACGCGGACAGCUUCGAAGGCGGGAGCCGCCACCUCCAAGAUUUCGGCGCGGAGUGCGAAGGGCGCCCCGACGAAGCCCUCGUCGACGAAGCCCACCCCGACGAAGCCCAUCGAGUGUCCCGUUGUCCCCGAAGCUGUCCAACCCAAUGAGCAGAAAUGCAGCUCCCCUAGAGCGUCGGGAAACCAGCAGAAGAAGAGCGCCCCGGGCUCCCGGGAGGGACCGCAGGUACGCGCGCGGGGUGCGCGCACCGAGAAGGCCCCGCUGAGCAGUGAGGACACGGUCGACGGGCACACGGAUCUGGCCGCGGCUCCCGAGCCGCCCCUUCCCAGGGCUGGAUCUCGCCGAAAAGGGGGUGCGCGCACCGAGAAGGCCCCGCUGAGCAGUGAGGACACGGUCGACGGGCACACGGAUCUGGCCGCGGCUCCCGAGCCGCCCCUUCCCAGAGCUGGAUCUCGCCAAAAAGGGAGUGCAUGCGCCAAGAAGGCGCCUCUGAGCGCCCAGGUCGCCUUGGACGGGGAGGCGGGGCUGGCCCAGGAGCCGGAGUCGCCCCUUCCCAGGGCUGGAUCUCGCCGAAAAGGGGGUGCAUGCGCCAAGAAGGCCCCGCUGAGCAGUGAGGACACGGUCGACGGGCACACGGAUCUGGCUGCGGCUCCCGAGCCGCCCCUCCCCAGGGCUGGAUCUCGCCGAAAAGGGGGUGCAUGCGCCAAGAAGGAGCCUCUGAGCGCCGAGGACUUCUUGAACGGACAGGCCAUUCUGGCCGAGGGGCCAGAGCCUCCCGCAGCCCCGGAGUCGCCCCUUCCUAGGGCUGGAUCCGCGCGCUCGGCUGGGGGGCGGAGACCUCCGUCCAGGCCAACGGAGGACGCCGGCCAGGAUCCGCUGGUUCCAGCCUCUAGUCUGGGCCGGAGGGAGGCCGUGCCUGGCGCCAGGAAGCUCGGGGCGGUGGUGGAGAAGUUGAAGCUACGCCGCGCAGAAAUCUCAGAAGCCGCGAGGGUUGUAAACGGGGUCGUGGACCACCUGCUACGAGGACUGCAGAGCUCCCAGUCCGAGUUUAAUGAUGUCGAGGUGCUACACACUGGGAGCUACUACGAGCAAGUGAAGGUUUCUUCUCCUAAUGAAUUUGAUGUUAUGUUUAAACUGGAUGUCCCCAGAAUUCAGCUAGAAGAAUAUUCCAACAGUGGUGCUCAUUACUAUGUGAAGUUCAAAAGAAACCCCAAAGGAAAUCCUCUGAAUCAGUUUUUAGAAGGGGAAAUAUUAUCAGCUUCUAAGAUGCUAUACAAGUUUAGGGAACUCAUUAAGAAAGAAAUUAAAAACAUUCAAGAUACAGAUAUCAUUGUGGAGAAGAAGAAGAGAGGGUGUCCUGCUGUAACACUUCUUAUUAAAGCACCUAGAGAAAUAUCUGUGGAUAUAAUCUUGGCUUUGAAAGUACAAGGCAGCUGGCCACAUAGCACCCAGAGAGGCAUGCCCAUUGAAAACUGGCUUGGAGGAAAAGUUAAGAGAAGUCUAAGACUACAGCCAUUUUACCUGGUACCUAAGCCUGCAAAGGAAGGAAAUGGUUUUCAAGAAAAAACAUGGCGGCUAUCCUUCUCUCACAUUGAAAAGGACAUUUUGAAAAAUCAUGGAGACUCUAAAAAAUGCUGUGAAAGUAAGGGAGUGAAAUGUUGCAGGAAACGCUGUUUACAACUAAUGAAAUAUCUUUUAGAAAAAUUGAAAGAAAAGUUUGAAGACCGAAAGGAACUGGGUAAAUUCUGUUCUUAUCACAUGAAAACUGCCUUCUUUCACGUAUGUGCCCAGAACCCACAUGACAGUCAGUGGCGAGACAACCUGGAGCUCUGCUUUGAUAGAUGUCUGGAAUACUUUCUUCAUUGCCUCAAGACAGAAUGUCUUGAGAAUUUUUUUAUUCCUGUAGUCAAUCUAUUCUCUCGAGAUAAAAUUGACAGGAUAAGUAAAGAAUUUCUGUCAAAAGAAAUUGAAUAUGAAAGAAACAAUGGAUUUCCAAUUUUUGGUGAAUUUUGAAAAAAAAUAAA